UGGGUUAUUAAAGUAAUGUCUGUGCUCUAAAAGCGACAUUUCACUUCCGACACCACUGCGCCACACCAAUUCAAUGUCUAACUUACAUGUACAUUUACAAUUGUUGCUUUGUCAGUGAAGUACCAGAUAAAAGCGUACUUGCUUUGGUUUUAAGUUAUAACUUGGAAGGUCACACACUACAGUGUGAAGCGGUGAGUGAAGCGUACCCAUGAAACUUGACUAAACGCACAAAUCACAAGGUCGAUAUCGCAACUGUCAAUCGCGAUUCGAUACGUAUACCAAGUUUGUUUGUUUCUUUAAAUGCGUCAUAUCGGCAACAAACCAAAGUUUCUUUCAUAACUCCCGCCAACUACAAAUGGAGGCACGUUUAGAAACCGAGGUGGCUGCCAAGCAAGCGUCAUGCCGUCCAAGCCUGCCAUUGACUUUCAUCGUGAUCGGUUUCCUUUCUGUAUCGUGUGGACAACAAUUCCGUGUAUUACAUGGUUUUUGCCCUUCGUCGGACACAUGGGUAUCGCGACAUCGAGUGGAAUAAUUCGAGACUUCGCUGGCCCCUACUUCGUUUCCGAAGACAACAUGGCAUUUGGGCGACCAACAAAGUACUGGCCUCUGGACCCGAGUCGUGCUACAGAUGGUGCUCAGGGAUGGGACAGGGCAGUUGCUCAGGCGUCUGACGUUUACAAAGGACGAAUGCACAACUUGUUCUGUGACAACUGCCAUUCGCACGUUGCCCUUGCGUUGAAUCUGAUGCAGUAUGGAGGCAGUGGCCAGUGGAACAUGGUGACACUGACAUUUCUCAUGCUCAUACACGGAAAGUACGUCAGCAUCUGGGGCUUCCUUAAGACGUGGAUGCCAUUCCUGGUGUUGGUUUGUAUAAUAGCAAUUGUCUGGCUCUCCUUCACACGACACUAAUGCCUGCUGUAAAUAUUGACAAUAAAGCAACUUUUAUACUAAUAAUUUAUUUA